AUGGAAGCACCCAUGUGGAGGAACAACUGGGGAUUAGCACCCUCAGGACAGCUUGACAAACCAUUGUAUGGAUCCUCCCAAGCAGCAGAAGAUCCUUGCUUUCAAGCCUCCAAAAUGACAAGGGCCGAUGUUCAAGGAACCUUUCUCAAGGUAGAGUAUCAAACCAUUCGCCGUUUACCAAAGUCGGGAUACUUGCUCUUUACUGUCAAGACCAUGGCCGAUCCCAUGAGUAGCUUGGAGCAAACUCCCAAAGCUGCUGCUUGUUUGGCCAAGUCAAUUCGAGGCAUGAGCUCGACCAUGAGAGUUUACAAGGGAAUCCAGAAUGAUGACAUUUGCAAAGUGGUGCUGGAGUAUCUGGAUAGCAUUGCUGUUGUUGUUGUUGACCAAGCGACGAAAGGAGAAGCAGGAGUAGAAAAAUAA